AUGACUUCAACACCUAUUCAGUUGGAGACCAAGACACCGACACCAUCCGUAUCGAUAAGCUCCAACGACUGCCAAGUCCACGGACAGUCUGAGACCCCUCAUCUCGACAAACUUCUCCAAAACCGCCCCAAAGCCGAACUUCAAGGUCUCACCGACGCCAUUGACAGCCUAACGCGCGGCGAUCAAUGUGCCAAAUGCGCGGUUCAAGCCGCAGCCACAAUCAUAAUCAGCUUUCUUCAAGAAUUAUACACGGCUAAAAAGACCGGGAAAAUCUCCAAGGAAGAUAAGAAAGCGCUCAAAUCGGAAGUCAAGGGAUUGGUGAAAGGGAUAAAGGGGGAUGUCAAGAUUCGGAAGAAAGAGAUCAAGGGCCAGUAAAUGUUAUCUCUGACCUCAUCGCUGGGGCUCUGAUGUAAUAACAAGGUUCAUGCUAGUCAGGAAAUAUUCAUGACAUAUCCCUCGGAGAACUCUCAGGCUGAUCUGGAGAGAAGCCCGAGACGCGCCCCAAUCCUGAUGAUGAUCAUGCUGUAGAAAUUUACCUCAAUCCACCCCGCACAGAGCAUGCCCCUCAAUUCUCCAAUACCUUCUUCCCCCACGGGGUCCGUGGAGACUCCAGAG